CUUAGAAGGCCACCUCAAACACCUACGCAAUAUUCUACAGUGCUUACGCAAGCAUGACUUUUAUGCAAAGCUUAGUAAAUGCCGCUUUGUGUAGCGCAAAGUGGACUUCUCAGGACACCAUGUGUCUGACCAGGGUCUCCAUAUGGAUGGUGCGAAGAUCACUGCUAUUGUGGAGGCGUGCCCGCUCUGUGAUACCUCUCCGACGCAGGACUCAGCGACUCAGCAGCAGGACGACUCCAGCGGCAUCGAGUACAGCAUUGACGGUACCGGUUACGACCGGAGUUCUUCCCGCAUGCCCGGUCCAAAGGGCCGGUGAGCCGUUGGCAGAUUACCUUCAGCGGGUACAGGCAUUCACUGAUGCCGUAGCAACCGCAAACGCACAGGAGGAAGCAGAGGCGGAACGUCAACGGCUGGCCAAAGAGGCGGCAGCCCAAGCUCAGCAGACUGCUGAGGAUGACGCAGCAGCACGGGACCAACGGAAUGCCGCCAGCACGGAAUCCCUGAUUCAUAAUGAGAAUCGGUGGACAACGAUCCUCGAGGGCAUGAUCUUUGUGCCUUCCGAAGAGCAGGCAGAUCCGACACCGGCGGAGGUAGAGAGGACUCACCUGGCUAAUGUGAUGUUGACAAUGAUGCGAGCGAUCAUGUGGAACAAUACGAUGUUAGCAGUACAAAUACACGAAGGCAGACAGUUGCAACAGAUUCAGCAGAAGGAUUUUGCAGCCUUGUCAGCAGCUGUUCGCACUACCGCCACACAUCAGCAACAACAGCAACAGCUGUGGAACACCACCACCGCACGCGUCAGCAGCAUCGAGGCUAAGGCCGCAGCAGCGCCAGGCUGCUUGACAGACGAGACGAAGCAACUCAACGGGCGCAUCGAUCACGUCGUCAAGCUCAUCGGUGAAAUAGGUGUUUUCAAUGGGCCGGACAGGAUCAGUAGCACGGUAGCCGCCAUCAAGAUGGACAUCACCAAGCUACAGACGAGACCGGAUGCCACGACGAAGAGUUACAAGAUGCCACACUUCGACAUCAGCAAGUUCGACGACCACAACAAGACGGACGCCUUGGCAUGGUGGCAACGUUUCCUUACGGAAGCAUCCUGCCGCACUGUCCCAGACGACUACAUGAUGAAGGCGCUAUACUUACAACUGAUUGGAGGAGCACAGGCAUGGAUGAACCACCUGGCGGCUACCCACACAUGCACCAUCGCCGAACUUCACACGCACAUCACGUGGAAGGAGUUCGAGCAGCUAUGGUUCACCCGGUUCAUGGUCCACAACAUCGUGAAGGCGGCCAUGAACGAGGUGUACACCUGCUCUCAAGGAAGUAUGCCAACUCGAGACUGGACAACCAAGUGGCAGAAGAUAGUGACCACGCCAGGCUUCAAUUUGACUUUUCCAAAUCAACGAUCCGAGUUCUUCUCGCGAUCGUGCGCAGGAUUGCGGUCGGCACUCGGUAACGAGUACGACUAUACCUCGUUCCAGGCUAUCUUGGAUCGCGCAAACCUGGUCAUCCAAACGGACGACAAGGCCGCUAAUGAGAAAUAAUCCCAGCCGCAUUAUGUGGCUAAGCAGGGCUAUCAACGUCCGGCACAUAACAAUG